AUGGCAGGACUACAUUCUCACGAGAGGUCAGUUGAUGAUAAGCGUACCAGUGAAAAUAAGUCAAAUUUUGCCAUGACUCAAAGAAUACCCAUUUUAAAGGUUAAACUUCCUUUAUUGAUGCAUGCUAGGAAAGAAAGGUCAUUGCCAGUUUCUAUAAAGAGUUCCUGUGAUAAAGAAGAAUUAUGUACAUAUAAUGUUAGCCCUCUUGGAAGUGUUAAGGAGCAUGCGGUAACUGUUAAGCGGUCAAUAACUCAAGUUUUUUGCAGCUGCAAAUUGUUUGAGUUUAUGGGAAUACUAUGUCGACAUGCUUUAAAGAUUCUGGAUAUAUUGAAUGUAAAGGAUAUGAUUCCUGCACAUUAUAUAUUAAAGAGAUGGACAAAAGAUGUUACAAAUCUAGUAGCGAAAGAUGACUCUAAUCCAAAGGUUGAAGUUACUGCGAGGUAUAGGCAUUUAGGCCAAACUUUUGUCCAAAUUUUAAGUCAAGCUUCAGAAUCCAGAGAAGGGUAUGAAUUGGUUGCAAGGUGUGCUAAUGAGAUAAUUGCGAAGUUGAAAGAUAUAAAGAACAGAGAUGAAUCACAUGAAAAUUCAGCCACAGGCAAUAGUAUUCAAAAUGAACCGAGUGAGACAAUAUUUAUUGAUACUGUAAAUGUGACGAAGGUGACUGGAUUAAAAAAGAAGCAACAGACUCGUCGCUCUAAUACUCGACCAAAGAGUUUUUUGGAAAAGGCCCAGAAAAAAAAAGUAAGACUUCAUGGCCAAGAUCUUCUCAUUGUCAAAUAG